AUGGAAAAUAGCCGCGACAAGUGUGGCUUGGGCAGUGGGGGCAAAGGGCCGGUCCGAUCAACUCCUGGUGACACCUGUGAAGCCCGGCUGGUUAAAGAAACCUCUGCCAUGUGGAAAGACACGCCAACAUGCGGUGGGCCACCAACCAGCACCCACCUGGGGAGCAGUGACCUCAACGGGGACAAAUCAAAACAAAAUGUGUCAGGAACUGUACGGCAGAACGUUAUUAUAGGAAGUAUUUUUACACUCUACAAAGAUUCCUUGUUGCGCAUGGUCUCGGAGCUCGCCUGCAUCUACUCAGCCCUCAUCCUUCAGGGUGAUGAGGUGAGGGUCGGGGAGCAGAAGGGCAAUGCCUUCAUUAAAGCAGCUGGUGUGAAGGUCGAGGCUUUCUGGCCAGGCUUGUUUGCAAAGGCUCUGGCCAGUGUCAACACCGGGAGCCCCAUCUGCAAUGGAGGGGCUGGCGGACCUGCCCCAGCAGCUGGUGCCGCACCAGCAGAAGUUCUCCCCUCCACCACUGCUGCCCCCGCUGAGGCAGAGAAAGUGGAAGCAAAGACGGAAGAAUCUGAGGAGUCCUAUGAGCACACGGACUUUGGUCUUUUUAACCAAACCUCCCCUGUAACCCAGGCAAUAAAAAGCUGAACUCUGAAAAAAGAAGUAAUGUCUUUCGUUUAUCUUUAAUCCUUCCACAAUAACAAAUCAGCUGUGGUGUUCCAGAUUACAGUUCUUUGACGAUAAAUGUACGCGAUGGUCUCUAUUUAUUUCUCUAUGCCAGGGGCCAUCACAGCAGUGACUUAACAGAUUCAAUAGAUACAUGACCAAUGGAGAAUGGUGGCAAACUGCAAGUUCAGAGGAGGAGAACAAUGAAGCAACGGCACCCAACCCACGAACCCAUGCGUUAUUUCAGUAACAUCCACUGCCACAAGAGCUCGUUAUUGCAACUAGUGCUGGGAUGCAAAUAUACCACCAGUAGUUCCUACUCUCAAAAAGUUCUUUUGUUGAGAAGAUUAAGUCAUAUUCUCACCAAAUAACCCAAUAUUCAACUACAUGUGAUAUAAGUUAAGUGCACAAGUAUGAGAAAACUGUGGAACAUGUUUAACUCAUGUGGAGAACAGACUGUUUAUCAUGGGCAUAAAUUAAGGCAACGGAUCCAGUGUAAAUCCAGAGGCCAUGCUGCAUGAGGGGUUGCCCGGCAUUACGGAGAGGGUGCUUUAGUGACAAAUGGCUCUGAGUGUGAAUUCAGGCUCAGCCACUUGCUAGCAGGGAGACCCUGGGAAGUCUCCUCAUCUGUAAAACAGAGAUAAUAACGACAUUGCAGAAGGGAUAACAAGCAGGUGUGUUCAAUGCCAGGCAUGCCUUUUUAUACUUGUUAACUGCUAGCAAUUACCAUGCAUGUGAAAAAGUCACUGAUGGGUCAAAGAAUAAAUCUGUAGUCAAGAUGAUCAUGUUCACUACUUCCAGGUGGAAGAGAGUAAACGCAGUCUGAAUGGCAAUGCCAAUGUUCUCCUACACUCACGGCUCAUUACUGAGGAGUAACCGUGAGCCGGGCUCUGUCCCAGGCUCAGGGAACCCUGUAGCUACGGAACCUUGAUUGCAGAGAACACAAUCCCACAGGGAAUCUGCAAACACCCUUGGAAACCAAGUCUGUUAUCAGAAAGCCAAAAUUAAAUGCCUAAAACUGGGACUCUCAUGGCUGAGGACGUCCAGGUUUUGGGGAGUGAGGCCCAGAAAUCAAGAGGUUCAAUGAUGUACGGAAUGACACCAGCAGUCAGUGGUGAGGCUCGGACAGAAUGGGAGCUUCACCGCGGCCUCUUGCAAAGCAGUUUCCAGCUUCGCUUCGGCACACCAAUUUGAAACUGGUUUACCACAGAUGCAGUUUUCCCUGGCUUGGGAGGUCACAGGCUUCCUUGGCAAGUGGGUUUUUUAUUCUAACAUAGAAA